AUGUCGAAGAACAACAAGUACUCCGUCCUUCUCCCCACCUACAACGAGCGCGACAACCUCCCAAUCAUAGUAUGGCUGCUCCAGCAGAUGUUCAAUGACAACAAGCUCGACUGGGAAGUCAUAAUCAUCGACGACGGCUCCCCGGACGGCACCCAGACCAUCGCCAAACAACUCAUCAAAGCCUACGGCCAGCGCAUCAAACUCUACACCCGCACCGGCAAACUCGGCCUCGGCACCGCAUAUGUCCAUGGCUUGCAAUACGCGACAGGCAACUUCGUCAUCAUCAUGGACGCCGACUUCUCGCACCACCCCAAGUUCAUCCCGCAGAUGAUCAAGAAGCAGACUGAAGCAGACUACGAUAUCGUGACGGGGACGAGAUAUGCAGGAGAUGGAGGCGUGUAUGGAUGGGACUUGAAGAGGAAGCUGGUCUCGAGGGGAGCAAAUCUGUUUGCGGACACGGUGCUGCAGCCAGGUGUGUCAGAUUUGACGGGUUCGUUCAGGCUGUACAAGAAGGGUGUGUUGGACGAUGUGAUCCACAGCACUGAGAGUAAGGGGUACAGCUUUCAGAUGGAGAUGAUGGUGCGAGCGAAGGCGAAAGGAUACAACGUCGCGGAGGUGCCUAUCAGCUUUGUGGAUCGAGUAUAUGGCGAUUCCAAGCUCGGAGGCGAAGAAAUAGCGCAGUACUUGAAGGGUGUGUUGAGUCUAUGGACGUCGGUGUGA